AUGGCAGCAUUAAAAUUAAUUUUUAUUCUGAUCUUUGGAGAUUUCAUCAAAUAUGUGGUGUUGUACAAUCCAAUGUUGACGUAUACUGUACGGUUUAAAAAAGUUUCUUUACAUCCGAGCAACCUUGGGAAUUUCACGAUCCACCAAUAUCGAGAAUCACAAUUUGUAAAUGGAAAUCUUACAGUACCUCUGAACUCACUCCCUGAUAAAACUCUUUUUUGGAAAGCUGUUAUCACUUUCUAUCGCUGUGAUGCCGAAGGCAUUAAUUGUGAAUACUUUCAAACGUGGACAUUUUCAGAUAUCUGCCUUAAAUUAAAGGAAAAGAACCAAAUAUGGUCCCGUUGGUACGGUUCGUUUGAUCCACCAAUGGUUUGUCCGUUAGAUAAGGUUCAUUACCACAUUACAAAUGGAACGUUUGAUAUUGGCUCAGCGAUAUUGUUGUAUCCUCAAGCAACUGAUUACCAAUGGAGAGUAAUUCAAAAGUACUACGCUGAUGAUAACCUUAUCAGUACUAUGAUUAUGGAAUUUUCAUUUUUCGGCUACAGAAGAAAAAACAAGUUUAUUCUAAAACCAUAA